UAAUAAGAAUGAAACAGCUUACUAAAAAAUAUUAUCGAGCAGAUGCUAGUUAUUUAUCUCAAGAAGUACUUGAAGAGAUUAUACAAUCAAGAGGUAAGAUUAAAAAUGCGGCCAAAACAAUGGCCAAUAAAUAUAAUACUUCAACUCGUCGAAUUUAUGCGUUAUAUAGCGAGCUCCCAUACUGA